GUGCUCAAUAUCAAUAGCGUUCCCACCAAGGAUCCAUGACGUAAAAAGGAUCGAGUGGACCCAGGUGUCACCAGCAAGGAACAAGCAAGUCAACCCCCGGAUCCAGACCUUUCAUAAUACCCAUUGUGGUCUUGCCGGAAGACAGAUUGGGUUCAUCCGCCCCCAGGAGGGUUCCACUACUCGUUGAUGAGGAUUGUCGGCUUUUCCUCAUCCUUUCGCGACGGCUCUGCAAUCCUGCAUUAGUCUUUUGACACCCCUGUUCCUGCAGGAAGAUUCGGCAGACAAAACCCCUUCCAUGUCCUACCCACGAAAUGUCUAAAGAACUUUCGUGUCCGCUCCCGUCGACAUCUUUCGCCUUCAUGUAGCGGCCCUGUGUCUGCCAUGGCGUCGACCAGCACACCUGACCUGACGCCCGAGUUCCUGGCACAGGACCGACGCCCUGAGGCGAGGAUCGGAAUUGGAGUCGUGACGGCACUAUCUGGAGCGGUUGUGUUGAUUCGAGUCUAUGCGCGAUGGUUCAUGAUUCGCAGCUUUGGCUGGGAUGAUGGACUCAUCUGCAUUGCGAUGUUGUUAAACAUCGUCGUCAUGGCCCUCACAACCCAAGUCCUCCGCUACGGCGCCGGCCUGCACGUCUGGGCCCUCGAUACCGCCGAAACCCCACUGCUGUACAAAUGGCUCGUCUCUGCGCAGCUGGUAUACAUGAUUGCAUUGUGGGUAUGUCGAUUGUCGGGACUGGCCUUCUACCGUCGAUUGAACCCGAUGCCCCAAUUCCAACUGUACCUCCGAAUCUCGUUUGCCUUCGUCACAGCCGUCAUGCUCGCCCAGGUCCUCAUCAUCGCCCUGCAAUGUGUCCCGCUCGCUACGCUCUGGGGCGGUGCUACCGGAAAGUGUCUGGGAUCAAAGACGGUGUUUAUUUCCACUGCCGCGAUGACGAUUAUCUGCGACUCGCUUAUCCUGCUACUACCGGUGAAGAUUGUGCUCUCGAUCAAGGCGAAUGCAACGCGCAAGGUUGCGUUGAGUGUGGUGUUGUGUUUUGGUGUUUUUGCCGUGAUGACCUCCGUCGCCCGCAUCAUCUCCAUGAUCCCCGCCAUUCAGAAAACCGACGCAACGUGGUACUUCUCCGUCGUGAUGGUCUGGUCGGAUACCGAAGUCAGCACGGCCAUCUUCGCCCUGUCGUUGCCGGCAUUGAAGGGCCUAGUCGGUGCUGUUGCGGGCAGUACCCGGAAAGGAACAGAUCAGACACCAGGGAGUAAUGGCGGACCGGAUCUGCAUUUGCAGAAUGUGCCUGCUAGUGGCGGCCACCAUCUGUAUGAGGGCCCGGAUAGUUAUCCCAAUGAGGCGCGGGCGAGUAUUGGGGAUAAUGCGAGUCAGGAGGCGUUGUGGGUGGAUACGAAUGCCGGGAUUCAUGUCAAGAAUAGUGUCAGGGUUAGUGUGAGUGAUCGAUAGGUAUUGUUACACGGCCUGUGGGGAGGAG